AAAGCUACUUCGUUACGUCGACGAUCGCUGCCAGUAGAAAGUCGUUGGCAGUUGGUGGGUGCGGUUGAUUCGCGUGAGUCAAAGAAAAGUGCGUCAGUUAAGUUUUGCGAGAAAGUUUUUCCGCAGUUAUAAGGUGAACAAAGUGAACCAGCGUGAUAGGAAAGAAAGUCAUCGUUAUUGUGAUCGUUUGAAUUUUACAUUUUGUCGUCUUAUCGAUUCUCGCUGGCAUCCCAGGGAUCGGAGAAACGAUUUCGAACGAGUUUACGAUCGAAAAAGAUUACGAUCGCAACACCUCUUACGAAGGAUUAAUCUCGUCACAUUUGCGAGAUCAUCCUAAUGAAAUCGAAAAUUUUCGAGGAAAUAUAAAACGAUUAACGCAAAGAUUCGAUACUUUGAAACAGUUCGUGUUAAAUUGUUUCCGAUAUUUGCGGAAGAAUUAUCAAAAAUUCUCGAUAUUUUUCCUCGCACUGGAGUGUCGACGAACGAAUAUUACGCGCGAUCGUACGACGUGGCGGCGACGCCAUUUUGUGAAGACUCCUGUGUGCGUCCCGUGAGCAACGGUCUCACUCGAGUCAUAACCUUUCAAACCACGGAAAGAAUAGUGUUUUCUUUCGGCCGCGUUGUCUCUCGACUGUCUCGGGAACGGAAGAAGUGGAGGAAGAAAAGUGGUUUAAAAUCGACAAAAUUUUACCAUAGACCAUUCGUCCUGGGUCAUAUCGCAUAGCAACCAUGAGACUGGAAAUCGUGUCAGCGGCGGAUUUUUUGGUGCAUUUAUUGCGUCUUCAGACGGGUCAGUUGUCUGAACGUCAGCUGGAGAUGUUUAAGUCCUCUUUAACAGAGGUACUACGUCAUCGUUACAGGGAUCACUGGUUUCCAGAUCGCCCAAAUCGAGGUUCUGGUUAUCGUUGCAUACGCAUUAAUGGUAAGAUGGAUCCUGUAAUUGCACAGGCAGGUGCAAAUGUUGGAUUAUUACCAACAGUACUGCAUAACUUAUUUCCAAGCGAGCUCACUAUGUGGAUUGAUCCGUCGGAAGUAUCGUACAGAAUCGGAGAAAAUGGAUCGAUUUGUGUUUUAUAUGAGCGUACAGAGCCCGAACCAGAAGAGGCUCAACAACAUCAACAUCAACAUCAACACCAACACCAGCAUCAACAUCAUCAACAACAGCAGCAACAGCAACAACAAUUUGAAAGUUGCAAAGAUUCGCUACUGUUGGAACACUCGCAAUUUAGCGAGCAAAUCGCCGCGUUCGUUUCCAGUUGAAGCGUUUUUCGGCGCAGGUUCACCGAUGCGAUAAAAAUCGCAUCUCGCUUCAUUUCCAUUGGACGUGCAUCACGCUCUCGGACUGAUCAAAGCAUAUACGUUUCGUGAUAUGUGAUCGCGUUCCUCUGGUCGGGUGAAUAUUCGGCUCGUGCACACGAACGCGCAAUUCUACUCUAUCUGAGUCGAAUUCCUCCAAAAUUAAGUGUUACAAGCUCUUUCGUGUACAUCGUUUUAAAAAUGAACAAGAAAUGUGUAAAAAAUGUGUAUAACUGUUUUUUGGCUAAAUUUGAUUUAUUGAAGAAAUUCGUCCAAUAUAUAUUGUCCGAUGAAGUCUCAACGCUUUCUCGACGGGUUCCUGACGAGUCGCAACGAUCAUAAUCACAGUUGACUCUAGUCCAAUCAAACAUAUAUGAGUCAUCCUGAAUUUUCGUCAAUCAUACGAAAAAGAAAAGGAUACUCAUAGCAAGAAGAAGAAAGAAGUGUCACCAUCAUCGUUUGAAUAUUCGGAGAAGAAUACUGCGCGUUCGCGUAACGUCGUGUACCUAGACCAGCGGUCCUUUAAAUGUCUUGAUGUGUCUCGCGAGAAGAUUCAGAUUUUUCCAUCUCAUUAUGCUGGAAAUACUGGCUGCUGGCGAGACCGGGCCUGCAAAAGUGAGAAAAAAUAUGGGCGAGCUCCGCGAGGAUCUCUCUCAGUCGACAAAUUGAUCUCAGCUCUCCUCCCCGCGUAUAUUUCUAUUUAUUUCGAAAAGAAAUUACGCCUGGAUAGGGGAACAACGAACCAGUCUGACUCGCUUCUCUGUUGUCAUGAGAGGAAAAGCGAAAUAAACCUCUCUCCCUCAAGAAGAAUUCAACAACGUGUUUUUAUUGUCAUAAAAUCUCUUUUCUUCCACGUCAAAACAUCUUUUCUUUUUAUGUAUCAAUCUAAUUGAUUAUUCUAAAUCCUCAUGUUCUGAUGUUCUGGUGUUUGUCAAUAACGAAAGACGAACAUCGAAGAAUAUGAAAUAAAAAA